UCCAAUCCAAUUUUUUCGGCGUCGUUUUUUGAAUGUUUGAGUUGUUCUCUCGCGUCUCGUGCACUUUCUCCGAAUUAGCCGAUGGAAGUAGGUGUUAUAAUUCUGUUUGUCGCUAUAUUACGUUGUAUCUUCGCAGUUGCUUCGUACGCUAGCCCAGAUUCAAUUGCUGAGGGCCAGCGGCGUUACGAGGAACUCGUCAGCCAAGCUCCCCGAUAUGGACCAUGCUGGCGCCAGGCCAUCGAGAACCUCGAAGUCGGAUGUAAACAUCUUACAGACGAGAUACAGACACGGUUAGCUUUGGAGUUUACCAACUGCCUCUUGGAAAAGACAGGAGGAACCAAGUACUACUGCCCGAAAUCGGUGCGCUUCGCCGAUUGUGACGACAUGAAGGAGCUGGAGAGAAAGCAUUUCCCGACUUUCACGUCAUUUUUCACGCACACCCAAGUCAUCUGCUUGUUCCUCCAGGAACAGAUCUGGCAGGAACGUACGGAAAUGAACCUCGCUUCUUUGAGCGAAACCAGCAAGAAAACUACCGAGGUAAUGCUGAAGGCCGAGCGCGUCCAGGAAGAUCUCCUCCGCUUGCAGCAGACGACAGCCACAACUCAGAGAGACCUCAUUCACAAGUUGAAUUCCGAGUUUGAUCGAUCUCGCCAGGAAGUGGCAAGCUGGGCCAGGCAGCAGGAGCAGGUUUGGAGGCAAACUAUUCGUCAGGUGACGCAACUGCACGAUUUCUUCGUCAACUUGUUUUCCACCAUGUACGCCUACGGUUAUUACGUUGGCAUGUUGGCAGUUUCGUUCGUCUUGACCGCGACCAAGAGAUCUGCGAAAGCGAGGUACUGGCUGUUCCUGCUGUUCACGGUCAAUUUCUUCGUGGAACGCUAUCUGGGAGCAGUCUACGCACAUUUGGAGAUGGACAUGCCCAUCAUGUUGUCGAGAGACGGUCCUGUUGGUUCUAGAGUUACUUUGUGUCGCAAGGUCUUCUGUUGCAUAGCCCUCGCCGUGCUCACCUGGUUCGCCGCAACCUAUAAGGACUUCAUGGAAGAGAAUAAUCGAAUACUGUUGGCUCUGCAAAGAGACGUUAAAAAUCUCAUGAGCAUCAAAGGAAUUAUCCCGGAGGUGACUCAGGAACAAUGCGAUGCUGAGAGUAUAUCAGUUGCAGACAGCCAAUAUCAUUCAGAGAGUGACGAGACGUUCACAUGUUCGACGGAGGAAUCGCGGAGCGAGAUAUCCUCGGACAGCUCCUCUGUUGUCCCUGAAGAUGUCGAUGAAACAUCUUUGAUAGGCGUGGGCAACAACCCUACGGAGUCAGCUGUUGAGAGCCUUAGUCUGCAGGCCCCGGAACCCUUCUCCCCCACGAAAUACAACCUGCGGCCCAGACGGUCACAAGGAACGCCCAAUGCUGCGCUGAGGGAAUCUGUUGCAGAGUUUGUGCAAAACGUAACCAAGGGUUUACGAAAAGGGUCCCGCACGCAAGCGCGACACGCGCUCGGAGUGCUCUCGUCGGAUGAAGAUUGAACGCCGACACCGACCUAGUCCACGAAUAUCAUGAUAAUGCCCCGUGUUUCGCGUCAACUUUACCCGUUUCACAUUAUUUCUAUCGAUAACUUUCGAUGCACUUUGAAGACAAUUUUUUAAAUGAACUUUAUCUGUCACCUUGUUUUAGACAUAGGCAUCUUUUUGUUGCAUGACCCAGCCUGCUAGGUGAUCUAUUUUAAAAGCAGUGUCGUCUGCAAUUAUUUAUUUUG